AUGCCUAACCGACGCAUGAGCGAUACAAACGGAAUCAACAAAGCAAUAAGUCCCACAUCGAGCAUUGUGCAAAGGCGAAUAGCAAGAAAGAUGUCACCAUGGAACCGCAACCCAGCCCUCGCAAAUAAAAUCGCCGAAAUGCGCCUCACCAUCGCCCCCAUAGUGCACGUGGAGACAGGGAUACCAGCACCCGAGUUCCCCUCUACAAUGCUCGAUCUUUUCCUCCUCACCGAAGCGCAACUCGACGCGCUAGCUGCCUACUAUUCCCAAACACAUUCAACAGAUCUCACAAACCAAUAUCCCCAGACAAUGAACUGGCAACAACCCUUCUUAGAUGCCAGCGAUACCUUGCCCGAAAACUGUAAACUAGGUGAGCUGGAACGGUUAAAGAUCAAGAUGAGGAUGUUUGCGAGGUUCAUUGGUAUGAGGGGUGCGGAUACACCGCGGUGGGAGUACGACCGCCAGAUUGAGAUUUUGAGGAAUAAGAUCCAGAGGAGGAUUACGGAUGAGGAGGAGAAGGUGCUGAGGAAAUUUUAUCAAGGUCCUGUUAGUAGACCGUGA